CCCCGAGCAGAGGUUCUCUGAGCACAUCAAGGAUGAGAAGAAUGCAGAGUUCCCCCAGAGGUUUAUCCUGAAACGGGAUGACACCAGCAUGGAUCGGGAUGACAACCAGAUCAGACUCCCCUUGCAGGAUGGGAGAAGGAGCAAAUCCAUAGAAGAGCGAGAGGAGGAAUAUCAGCGGGUCAGGGAGCGGAUCUUUGCGCGAGAGUCCGGCCAGAACGGAUUCCUCACGGACAGCAGGGGCCCCCGGGAGGGGCUGGGCCGGGCCUCGGGCAGCCGCCAGAGCAGCACCGAGAGCGAGCUGAAGGCCCUGGAGCCGCGGCCCUGGAGCAGCACCGACUCCGACGGCUCCAUGCGCGCCCUGAGGCCGCCCGUCACCAAGGCCAGCAGCUUCAGUGGCAUCUCCAUCCUCACCAGGGGGGACAGCGUGGGCAGCAGCAAGGGCAGCACUGCCAGCAGGACGGCCCGGGCAGGUUUGGUGCUAGGAGCCCCGGAGGGGUGCAGCCAGUCCCCGUCCUCGCAGCCCAGCCGUGGCCUCCUGCCCUGCACGGCCCCACCACCACCCCCGCAGCCCCCCGGCAUCCCCCCCCCAGCCCAGCAACCACCGGCCAUGAGCAACCCCAUGAUGUCCCAGCCGGUCCCGGCGCUGCAGCCUGUUCCGUACUCUCCAAGCUCCUGCCCCCAAGUCCUCUUGCCAGUCUCUCCACCCCAGCAGUACAACCUGGCCGACGAGCUCAGCAGCCCCUUUGGGCAGAUCAGCCUCAGCCGACAGGGCUCCACGGAGGCCCCGGAUCCUUCCUCGGCGAUGUUCCAGUCGUCCCUCAUCUCCCAGCACCCUCAGCAGACAGGAUUCAUCAUGGCAACCCCUGGGCAGCCCAUCCCCACCUCCAGCUACUCCACCUCGGGGCACACGGCCCCCACUCAGCAGGUGCUGCAGCCCCAGGGCUACAUUCAGCCUCCCCAGCAAAUUCAGGUUUCUUACUACCCCCCCGGGCAGUACCCGAACUCCAGCCAGCAAUACCGACCCCUCAGUCACCCAGUGGCCUACAGCUCCCAGCGCCCACAGCAGCUCCCCCAGCAGUCCCAGCAGCCAGGUUUACAGCCAAUGAUGUCCAACCAGCAGCAAACAUACCAAGGUGUGAUGGGGGUGCAGCAGGCGCAGCCCCCCGGGCUCCUCAACAGCCAGAGGAACAACAUGGGGGGCCAGAUGCAGAGCGUGAUGGGGGUGCAGCAGGCACAGCCCCCCGGGCUCCUCAGCAGCCAGAGGAGUGGGAUGGGGAGCCAGAUGCAAGGCCUGAUGGUCCAGUACACGCCGCUGCCUUCGUACCAGGUUCCCAUGGCCAGUGAGUCCCAGAGCGUGGUCCAGCAGCCCUUCCAGCAGCCAGUGCUCGUGCCAGCCAGUCAGUCUGUGCAGGGGGGGCUCCAGGCUGGGGGGGUCCCCAUCUACUACAGCGUCAUCCCCACUGCCCAGCAGAACGGCACCAGCCCGUCCGUGGGGUUCCUGCAGCCUCCCGGCUCCGAGCAGUACCAGAUGCCACAGUCCCCGGCCCCCUGCAGCCCCCCCCAGAUGCAGCAGCAGUAUUCAGGGGUGUCCCCAUCAGGCCCCGGUGUCGUGGUGAUGCAGCUGAAUGUCCCCAACGGCCCCCAGGCCCCCCAGAACCCCCCCGUGGUGCAGUGGAGCCACUGUAAGUACUACAGCCUGGAGCAGCGGGGGCAGAAGCCGGGAGACCUCUACAACCCCGACACCAGUGCUCAGGCCAGCACUCAGCUGAACAGCCCCAUCACGUCCCCCACCCAGUCCCCGACGCCGUCGCCCGUCACCAACCUCAACAGUGUGUGCACGGGGCUGAGCCCCCUCCCUGUCCUCACCCAGUUCCCCCGGCCCAUGGGCCCGGCACAAGGUGACGGGCGGUACUCGCUGCUGGGCCAACCGCUGCAGUACAACCUGUCCCUCUGCCCCCCGCCACUGCUCCACAACCAGCCCGGCUACACGGCACACCAGGGGCAGACUGGGAUGAAACACGGGAACCGCAGCAAGAGACAGGCCCUGAAAUCGGCGUCCACCGACCUGGGCACGAGUGACGUAGUGCUGGGCCGGGUGCUGGAGGUGACGGACCUGCCCGAGGGCAUCACACGGACGGAGGCCGACAAGCUCUUCACCCAGCUCGCCAUGGCCGGUGCCAAAAUCCAGUGGCUCAAAGAGACUCAGGGGCGCCGCGGGGACGGCGGUGGCGGCGGCGGGGACAACAGCGGGACUCCGGAGAACGGCAGGCACGGUGACCUCGCUGCCUUAUACACCAUCGUGGCCGUGUUCCCCAGCCCGCUGGCCGCCCAGAACGCCUCCCUCCGCCUCAACAACUCCCUCAGCCGCUUCAAGCUGCGCGUGGCCAAAAAGAACUACGACCUGCGGGUGCUGGAGCGGGCCAGCUCCCAGUAGGGCUCCCGCGGGCACCGGGCACCCCCCUGGGCCUCUUCUCCUCCCGCCCUCCCUUCCUCUCGCCCUCCUUCCUUGAUAUAUUUAUAUGAACAUAAUUAAGAGACGAGAAGUUGAUUUUUUUUUUUGUUUUGUUUUGUUUUUUAAUUAUUAUUAUUUUUUUGGAGUGACGCCCCGUGCCCGCCCCCCCCCUCCCCCGUGUCUCUGGUUUUGUUUAAGCACUGUGUUGGGCCGCACAUACAGGUGUUGAUUGGUAUGUUCACUGCACAUUUUAUUUAAUCGGAUUAUUAUUUGGGAGGGGGGGAGGGGGUAUUUUUGGUUUUAUUUUAUUUCGG